AUGGCUCUUCAGAAAAUGUCAGAGUCAGUGUAUGUGGGGAUGUGUCAUGCGAUAGGGACACCACAACAGGUGACCUCCAGGAGAGAUAUAGCGGAUAUGUCAGAGCUGUUGAGGAAUAAAAAUGAACUGGUGAGGUUUAUGAGGAGUGGAAGUCACAGAGAAGGCUUCAGAUUACAUGAUUCAGACGUAGACACUAUGUUCUGGCCAACUAACCACCGAGUGAUCUGGGAAUUCUCUCAGACUGAGUUUUACAACAUACACAGACAAAGACUGAUUCUCUGUGACAGUUCUGAGAGUCCACCAGGAUUUACAUUACUUUGGUUACCAUUGGAAAGAGCUUGCCGGGUAGUGUUGUCAUCGUGUUUGAGGAUGAAUGGGGGACUCUAUAUAUCAAGUUCUAAAUACAGAGAGAUGACACGAACUUUAGGAAGACCUGAUUCUAUAGUACAUGGGCCAUGUAACAGUGGAUUACAUGGUACAAUAGAAUACGAUGAUGCUCAUUGUUUUGUCAGUGAUUUUUGGCCUCCCUCUGCCGCCUCAUGGAUAGACAGAUGUCACUCAUGGCCCUUAGCUCAUGUUGCCAAUGACAUCAUCAGAAAUGGGUGUCACUUUGUAGCAAUAGGACACAAACUAGGAAACCAUGAAGACAGCGAAUGGAGAAUUUCUUUCUCUCGGGCAGAAUACAAACUUGUAUACUCAAUGAAUCAUACACAGUUCUUAACGUAUGGUUUGAUGAAAUUGUUUUUAAAGGAAAUAAUUAACAAUGGAAUAAGAGAUGAAGAUAAACUGCUGUGUUCCUACCACAUGAAAACAGCUGUUUUUUGGGCCAUUCAACAAAACACACUACCUCACUGGUGUCCAAAAAAUCUCCUGGCCGGUUUCUGGGUCUGCUUCAAACUUCUCCUUAAAUGGGUGUAUGAAGGAAUUAGUCCAAACUUUUUCAUUCCAGAAAACAAUAUGUUUCUGAGCAAAAUCCAUGGCCAAGCACAAACAAGUUUAUUCAGGCGACUGUAUGGCUUGUAUGAGAAGGGUAUAGCAUUGCUGCUACACAGUCCCUUCAUCAGGUCCUCUAUCAUUGAUGUCCUCUGUAAUCCCAGACUCACGGUGUGUACUGAUGAACACACUCUGAUCUCUGAGGCUGAGUUUGAUGUAGAAUUAUUUGUUGAGAUAUUAAGUAAUCAUUCACUAAACACAUCAGACCUUCAGCGCUGUAUGAAGUUCCUACACACAGUAGAACAGUUGAUAGGUUCUCCUCUGUCACAGUAUCAAGUUGUAAGUUUACAGAAACAUACAGCCACCAUCCUUCAGUGUACUGCUUUUAUAUUACACAACAUGUACACAAACACAUGUGUAAACAAACAAGUGUAUAUUGCAAAAAAAAUGUCUUGUCACAUGCUGAAAUUAGGAGCCAGGUUUGGGUUUGUUUCUGACAUGUUGUACAUUGCCAUGUAUCAUUACAAGACACUCAGAUACAGGGAAGCUUUAUCUGUUAUAGAGAUGACAAAGGUCAAGUUAGCACAGCCAUAUCUGAUGUAUUGGGGACAUGUAGACAGAGAGAGGUAUACUGAGGCUGUAGGGGGACAGUCCUGGUCUACAAAGUUCAGACAGGCUGUAGCAAGGGAUAUCAAACUUAUCAAUAAAAUAUGUUAUAUCAGUGAACUAUUACCAGAACAACAGUCUUCUCUACAAAACAGAAGGUCUGCAUUAUUCAUCCAAGUGCUUGUAAUGUUACACUUCCUAGAGUCCCUGUGUUACAGACACAUUGAUACAACAUUAUCACAAGCAGCUUUAGAUGAGCUACAGGUCCUAGUCCACCAUGAUCAGGGACUGUAUAUAGGUAAUCUAUAUAGAGACAUCUCCUGGGAGAUCCUGGGGAUCUGUCAACAGAUGGCAGGACACCUCCAGGCUGCCCUGUAUUCAUACCAUCAGUCACUCAGACAAAAACAAUUCAAUAAAAUACUUACUGCUACCACACAGAGAAUCCAUGAGUUACACAUUUAA